AGAAGCCUUCCCUGACCCCCUGGGCCUCCUCCAUCAUCCUCACCCCUUCCCACCCCCACCCACCCCAUCACCCUAUCAUCAACCUCUCCUCCAGCUCUCUCUGCUCAGCACCCCGAGAUCCUGCUACCUGCCAUCUAACUAGCCCCCCCAGGUCUGGCCACACUGGCCCCCCAGCUGGGAGACCUCCCAGUCUUCUCCCCCUUCGAGGGACACUGUGGCUUGGGCAAUGUCCCCUGGUGGCAUGGCCCCGUCCGCCUAGAUCCCUGACCCCGGCCCCCACCCCCCUUUCUCCCCAACCCUUUGCCUUCUUUGUGUGCUGGCACCCCUCCGCUGAGUGCUGGGAUUGGGGGUGACGGAGGCAGAGCCAGCCUAGGCUGGGCCCCCCCCAGCCCCCUUUCCACUCGCCUCCUGGCCUGCAAGUCUGUCCCCUUCCCCUCGGCCCCUCCUCCUGGGCCGCCUCGAUGAAGGAGCCGGAUGCCAUCAAGCUGUUUGUGGGACAGAUCCCCCGACAUCUGGAAGAGAAGGACCUGAAACCCAUCUUCGAGCAGUUCGGCCGCAUCUUCGAGCUGAGUGUCAUUAAAGACAAGUACACGGGUUUGCACAAGGGAUGUGCCUUCCUGACCUACUGUGCCCGCGAUUCAGCCCUGAAGGCCCAGAGUGCCCUACACGAACAGAAGACGCUUCCAGGGAUGAACAGGCCUAUCCAGGUCAAGCCAGCCGACAGCGAGAGCCGAGGAGAAGACCGGAAGCUCUUUGUGGGGAUGCUCGGAAAGCAGCAGACAGAUGAGGAUGUGAGGAAGAUGUUUGAGCCUUUUGGGACCAUAGACGAAUGCACUGUGCUUCGGGGGCCCGACGGCACCAGCAAAGGCUGCGCCUUCGUGAAAUUCCAGACCCAUGCAGAGGCCCAGGCGGCCAUCCACACGCUGCAUAGCAGUCGGACACUCCCGGGGGCGUCAUCCAGCUUGGUGGUCAAGUUCGCAGACACGGAGAAGGAGCGAGGGCUGCGACGGAUGCAGCAAGUGGCAACACAGUUGGGCAUGUUCAGCCCCAUUGCCCUCCACUUCGGAGCCUACAGUGCUUACACCCAGGCUCUGAUGCAGCAACAGGCGGCCCUGGUGGCAGCCCACAGUGCCUACCUCAGCCCUAUGGCCGCCAUGGCUGCUGUACAAAUGCAGCAUAUGGCCGCCAUCAAUGCCAAUGGCCUCAUAGCCACACCUAUCACCCCAUCCUCAGGAACCAGCACGCCUCCUGCCAUCGCUGCCACGCCCGUCUCUGCCAUCCCCGCUGCCCUGGGUGUCAACGGUUAUAGCCCGGUGCCCACACAGCCCACUGGGCAGCCUGCCCCGGAUGCUCUGUACCCCAAUGGAGUGCACCCCUAUCCAGCCCAGAGCCCUGCAGCCCCAAUGGACCCCCUUCAGCAGGCUUAUGCCGGGAUGCAACACUAUACAGAGUUGCUCUCUCUUCUCCCCAUCCCAGCAGCGUACCCGGCUGCCUACAGCCUGGUGGCCCCCGCGUUCCCACAGCCUCCUCCGGCCCUGGUGGCCCAGCAGCCACCGCCCCCACCCCCCCAGCAGCAGCCACAACAACAGCCACAGCAGCAGCAACGGGAAGGCCCCGACGGCUGCAACAUCUUCAUCUACCACCUGCCCCAGGAGUUCACAGACUCUGAGAUCCUGCAGAUGUUCGUCCCCUUUGGCCACGUCAUCUCAGCCAAAGUGUUUGUGGAUAGGGCCACCAAUCAGAGCAAGUGUUUUGGCUUUGUGAGUUUUGACAAUCCAGCUAGUGCCCAAGCUGCCAUCCAGGCCAUGAACGGCUUCCAGAUUGGCAUGAAGCGUCUCAAAGUCCAGCUAAAGCGGCCGAAGGAUGCCAACAGGCCCUACUGAGGGUCCCCAGGCAUGGAAGCACCAGAGAAUGGGGCGUCUCACCCCUCUCCCCCUGGCUGGUUCCUGGCUGACCUCUCUGCACAUCUGCCCUGGGCCUUGUUGGGGCUCUGGGGCCAAAGCUGCUUCCUGCCCCUGGGGACACAGGACACCGGCCACACCUACCACCUGCACCCCCUUUUGGCCUGUUUCUCCAGGCCCCCUUCUGGCCUUCCUGAGGACUCGCAUGGAGACAAGCUUCGAGGCUUGAGGUGCUGCCUUCUGCUGGGGCUCUGUGAGAGCUUUGGUGCCCAGCACUUGUCCCUGUCCACUCCCCUCUCCCCCCCCUGUAUGGGGGGCCUCCCUAAAACUCCCCACCCCAUUUUCUCCCAGCCUCUCUCCCCUCUUUAGGGCUUCUUAGAAGCUGGCCCGCGUUCCCUGCACCCUCAGUUAGAGGUAGUUUUCCCCAAUCCCUGGGCUCCCAGCCCGAACACUCACUGCCUCCCCCAAGGGCCCCCUCUAUUGAGGGUGUGGGGAAGCCUGAGGGCCACAGAGACCCUCCUCCUUUCAUGAGGAAAUAACCUACCCGACCCCCCGAAAAUGUUUACAGUCUCUGCUGGCCCCUCUGUAAAUGCCGCCAGUACUGCUGGCCUGCCCGGACGCUCUUUCUGGGAGUUGGACAGUCUCCUUCGGAAUUUUCUCUCAAGUUCUCCCUUUGCUUUGGGGUGUAAUUGAGUCCAUGGGGAGGUGGGAGGCAGGGAGGGCUGAAGGGGUUUAUUAUCUGAUCAUUUUCUUUAGGAAGAAGCUUUAGGGCAAAAAAAUGGGGGGGUGGGAGUGGUGAGGGGAGAUGGGGUCCGUUUCCGACGAGUCUCUCUGCUUAACUUAUUUAUUUAUUGCAUUUUACUUUCAAAGAGUUGGUCUUUUCUGUCUAAAUAAAGAAAACAAAAUAGUUUAAA